GGAGUGCCUGUGGCGGGACAAUUCGGACGCGGCCCCCUUCCUGCACCUGGGAGGGACGCUGGAGCCGUUUGUGGUGCAACGGGAUUUUCCUUCGCCGGCGCAGAGCGAGCAGCUGGACGCGGCCGGGAUUACAGGAGCUUCCCGGCUAAAUCCCCGGGCAGGCGGCUGCUUGACCCUGCGCCGCCCAGCUAAGCCGCUGUAAUCGCAGGCCCCCGCCGGGCGGGCCGAGGGACAACGAGCGAGGCGGGCUCCGCGCCCCUCGCCAUGGAGUCGCGGCAGCGCUACAGCGACUCCUCGCCGCCGCCGCUUGCCCGGGGGAGCCGAGAGAACAAGCUGCUCCGCAGGAGGGCGCCGCCCGGGGCAGGGAGCCGGCCCGGCGCGGAGGAGGCGGAGGGGAGGAAACCCAAAUUCCAUUUAAAUAUCAAGACACUGACAGAUGAUAUGUUGGAUAGAUUUGCCAGCAUAAGGAUUCCAAGCAGUAGAAAAGAAAGACCUCCGGUAUUACAGCUGAAACAAUCACAUUCGUCUAUUGAUUGGUCAUCACCUCCUGUAGAUGUAGAUGAGUCUAUUUUCAAACCCUUGUCAGAACGAGAAAUCCUAGCACUUUUUGAAAAAAUGAUGGAAGAUAUGAAUUUAAAUGAAGACAAAAAAACACCAUUGCGAGAAAAGGACUUGAAUACCAAAAAAGAAAUGGUGAUGCAAUAUAUUAGUACUGCUUCGAAAACUGGAAGCCUCAAGAGCAGACGACAGAUUACACCGCACGAAUUCAUGCUGGAACUAAAAUCUGGAACAACUGAUGAAAGACUUGUCACUUGCUUAGAAUCCCUACGGGUGUCUUUGACCAGUAACCCUGUCAGUUGGGUUGAAAACUUCGGCCACGAAGGACUGGGAUUGUUGCUGGAUGUUCUAGAAAGAUUGGUUGAAACAAAACUUCAGGACAGAGUUGUGAAGAGGAGUCAGCAUAAGGUUGUACAGUGUUUGAAGGCCUUUAUGAAUAAUAAGUAUGGGUUGGAAAGAAUAAUGGGAGAAGAAAGGAGUCUAACAUUACUGGCCAGAGCAAUUGAUCCCAGACUGUCUAACAUGAUGACUGAUGUUGUUAAACUCCUAUCUGCAAUAUGCAUUGUUGGAGAGGAAAACAUCCUUGAAAAAAUUUUGGAAGCUGUAACAGCAGCAGCAGAAGAAAGGAAUGUUGACAGAUUCUCUCCUAUUGUAGAAGGCCUCCAGGAUAACUCAGUACAGCUUCAAGUAGCUUGUAUGCAGCUCAUCAAUGCUCUUGUAACAUCUCCUGAUGAUCUGGACUUCAGGCUCCACAUCAGAAAUGAAUUUAUGCGCUCUGGAUUGAAGGAGAUAUUGCCACAAUUGAAAUGUAUAAAGAAUGAGGCUUUAGAUAUCCAGCUGAAAGUCUUCAAUGAGCACAAGGAAGAAGACAUGAUUGAGUUUUCUCAUCGUUUGGAAGAUAUUAGAUCUGAACUAGAUGAAGCAAAUGAUGUUUACAAUAUGGUGUGGAAUACAGUGAAGGAUACUAAUGCUGAGGGAUAUUUUCUUUCUAUACUCCAGCAUCUUUUGCUGAUACGUAAUGAUUAUUUUAUACGACCCCAGUAUUUCAAAUUAAUUGAAGAAUGUGUGUCCCAGAUAGUUUUGCAUCGAAGCGGGACAGACCCAGAUUUCUCCUAUCGUAAGAAGUUAGAUAUCAAUUUAAGUCAUUUGAUAGAUGUUUGUGUAGAUAAAGCAAAAAUAGAGCACUUUGAAGAGAGAGCUUCACAACUUUCCAGGAAAUUAGAAAAAGAAUUUAUAGUUCAUCAGGAGACACAGUCUCUACUGCAGAAAAAAGAAGAGAAAAUCAGUGAGCUAGAAGCAGAAUUACAGGCUUUUAAAUCCAUGUAUGGAGCUGUACCACAUGGAGCAGAUGCUCAUUUUUUACCAUCAACACAAGGAGGUGCAUCUGUUCCUCCAUCAGCUGCUGCAGAACCUCAACAGUUUCUGUUGCCUCCUCCACCAGCACCUUUUAAUGGAGCAUUGCCACCGCCUCCACCUCCGCCUCCACCUCCACCACUACCACUUUUGAAGGGCUCAGGAAUACCUCCUCUUUUUGGUGCACCACCACCUCCACCACCACUGGGCUUUCCUGGAGUACAGUGGUCUCCUCCACCAAACAUGUUGCCCUUUGGAUUGAAGCCUAAAAAGGAGUUUAAACCUGAGAUAACCAUGAAAAGGCUCAAUUGGGCAAAGAUUAGGCCACGUGAAAUGACCGAAAACUGUUUCUGGGUAAUAGCCGAUGAAGAUAAGUAUGAGAAUGCUGAUUUGCUUGUCAAACUGGAGCAUACGUUUUGUUGUCAGAAGAAAGUUAAAAAAGAGGAGGAAGAUUUUGAGGAGAGGAAAUCCAUUAAGAAACGAAUUAAAGAACUUAAAGUAUUAGACCCGAAGAUUGCACAGAAUCUCUCUAUUUUCCUUGGUUCUUUCCGAGUGCCUUAUGAGGAAAUCAAAAUGAUGAUAUUGGAAGUAGAUGAAACACAGCUGGCAGAGACAAUGAUUCAGAAUUUAAUAAAACAUCUUCCUGAACAAGAGCAGCUGAAUACUCUAUCCAAAUUCAGGAGUGAAUAUAGUAAUUUGUCUGAACCAGAACAGUUUGGAAUUGUGAUGAGCAAUGUGAAGAGACUACAGACACGGCUCAGUGCUAUUCUCUUUAAGCUUCAGUUUGAGGAGCAGGUGAACAACAUCAAACCUGACAUCAUGGCUGUCAGUGCUGCCUGUGAAGAGAUAAAGAAGAGUAAAAGCUUUAGCAAGUUGCUGGAACUAGUGUUGCUAAUAGGAAACUAUAUGAAUGCAGGUUCUCGGAAUGCACAGACCUUUGGAUUUAACCUCAGCUCUCUAUGUAAAUUAAAGGACACAAAAUCAGCAGAUCAGAAAACGACUUUACUCCAUUUUCUGGUUGAAAUAUGUGAAGAGAAAUAUCCCGAUGUCCUCAAUUUUGUUGAAGAUUUGCAGCAUUUAGAUAAAGCUAGCAAAGUUUCAGCAGAAAACCUGGAGAAGAACCUGAGGCAGAUGGGAAGGCAGCUUCAACAACUUGAGAAGGAUUUGGAAAUCUUCCCCCCUCCUGAAAAUAUACAUGACAAGUUUGUGACAAAGAUGUCUAGCUUUGCAGUUAAUGCAAGAGAACAUUACCAAAAACUUACCAGGAUGCAUGAGAACAUGGAAAAGCUCUAUCAAAAUGUGAUGGGAUACUAUGCUAUUGAUUUGAAAAAGGUUUCGGUGGAAGAAUUUUUAACCGACUUGAACAACUUCAGGACAAUGUUCUUGCAAGCUGUGAAGGAGAAUAUCAGAAGAAGAGAAGCAGAGGAAAAACAGAGGCGUGUGAGAAUAGCUAAGGAAAAAGCAGAAAAAGAAAAAUUAGAGAGGCAACAAAAGAAAAAACGCUUGCUAGAAAUAAAAACAGAGGGCGAUGAGACAGGAGUGAUGGAUAGUCUGCUCGAGGCCUUGCAGUCGGGUGCUGCUUUCCGAGACCGGAGAAAACGGACACCAAGGCCUAAAGAUGUACUGCAAAAUCUCAGCCCAGCCACUCAGAGGCCAGUUCUGAAAGCUUGUAACCAUGAGAACCAGAAAACACAACUAGAAAAGUCACAUUCACAUCACAAUAUUGAUUUCAAUUUCACAAGGACUCCAAUCACCAAGGAGCAUAACUAUGACUUGGAAACGAAUUCCUCUAUAACAAGGAGCAAGGCUGUUGGAAGAAAGGAGACAUACAAUGGAGAAAGCAACAAAGAAAAGGAAAUGGAGUUUGUUGGCUCAGCUUCCAAAGGAGAAGUUGUUCCUGAAGUAGAGGCUUUGCUGGCAAGAUUACGAGCAUUGUAAGUUAAUCUUAUAAAACUGAUUAAGCAAUCACUAAAGAGAAGCUAUAAUAAGCUGCUACAUUUUAAAAAUACACAUUAAUUUUGCAUGACUGACAUUUACACACGUCUGUAUUCCAAACUUCACAUACUUUAUAUCCAAAACACAAAUAUGUGAUGCUUUUCCUAGGAAUUUGAGCCCGUGGUUUAUGCAUAACUAAUAAGCAUAUAACUAUAAACUACCUACUGACAGUUUGUUCUAAUGUGUCUGGAGCAACAGAUGCUAAAUUACCCCAAGAGACAAUUACUUUAUUGUCCAGGUUUCCGAACAAUGUUAUAAGAACUUUUUUCCACCACACACAAUACAUUUUAAAUAAUUUCAACAAUCAUGUUUGGUUGCAUUACCAACCUAUAUAUUUUUCUAUUUUAUUUCUAAGUCUUACUACCAAUGUAAUUUUUAGCACCUACAAAAGUUCACUAUUGUAUCAUACUAAAUGCUUAGGGAGGAAAAUGUAUACUAUGUAAAUUUCUCCAUAUUUUAAUUCACUUUAAUCUAAAUAAAAACACCAAAGAAUGCUUAAUAGUUUAUGCAUUAGCAAAAUGGUAAAAUGAACAGAAGCUUACAUCUAUAUAAGAAAUGUAUUUUAUGUAUGACUGAUAUUUCAUUGCCCUUAAACUUGUUUUUAUGAUUGUAUAAAACCAAUGUACAAAAGUUGUAUGAAUAUAGUGUUGCAAUUGUGCACAUAGGAUAUUUCAUAAGAAGCUACCAAAGGAAUUGUUUCACUACCUUUGCAAGAGGAAACAUAAUACUGCAAUAAUAAUAUAAGGAACACCUAAUGGCAAAGACAUCUACAACUGGUUUUCGACAAACAAGUUUAAUAGUAGCAUGUACAAGAUCAUUUGCUGGCACAGGAGGAAUCUCACACAUAAUUGCCUCUCCAUUUUGACACAAGUCUUUGUACACUGUUACAUGUUCACUAACCUAUUAUUGUUUAUACACACCCACUACAAAAGCUUGCUACCAAUACUAUCAACUUGGAAUCUACUAUUAGGACAUUUGAUCCUUUAUUUUAAAGUUUCUAAUAAUCAGAAUGUAUUCAGUGACACAUUGCUUUUCAAAUACUCUUAUUUUUCUUUAUAAAUGAAUCAAUUAGCCAAUGUUUCAAAGUUCCGGUGCUCUUUAUUUCCUUGCUUAAAUUGCCUUCUUAUUUCCAGCAAAAAAAUAAUAAACUUAAUUAAUUAGAACUCUGAAACUGACCUGUUUAUGUACCUUAGGGCAUGGAGUAUUUUUCGUUCAUCACAGGCAUGAGUCUUAUGUUUCAGGGGCUGCUGAAACUACCAUUAUACCAGCUUGUUAUAUGCCCCUCCUCCAGCCAUACUUUUUAGUACAAUUUAAUGUAAAGCAUAGCAGAGAAAUCCUCCCAAACCUAGGAUUUCAGUUUGUCAGAUUUUCAGUGCCAUUUAAGAACCAUGGAAGGAGUAACCAUAUUG